CUUUCGUCCCCCUUUCUGGGUUGCCAGAUCAUUUUCCCCUAAACGUCGAGAGGCUUUUUGAUGUUAUACAAACCCAAUUUUGUUUUAAUAUCGCUGUCUAUUCAGGGUUUUAGAAUUUUUUUUGAAGAUUUUAAGAUUUAUUGUUAGACUGUUUUUUCUUUUUGACGCCUGGUAUAUUUUUAAAUUAUUCAAAGGCAGUCCUCUAAACAAACACCUGGCAACUCAGCUCUUACUUUAACAGAAGUGAAACAUAUCUGUUCCUGACUGUUUAAUCGGGAUUUUGAUCUGUUUCGUUUGAGGGUUUUCGUGUUUUCAUGUGCAGGAUUAUUAGCAGUGUCUGUUUUGAGAAAAGUCGUGUGUUUAUUUUGUGCAAUUUAAAUCAGAUGAGUUUUCAGACACACCUGUUUUCCACACGGCUGAACCAGGAAGUGUGAGCUGCUGUAAGUGAGUGUGUGUGAGUUUGUUUUUCAGUAAAAUGGCAGAAGCGAGUAUGUUCGGAUUUCAGGAUCAGUUAAGCUGUCCAAUCUGUCUGGACCUUGUCAAGGAUCCUGUAGCUCUUCUCUGUGGACACAGUUUCUGUAUGGUCUGCAUUAAUGGCUGCUGGGAUCAGGAGGAUCAUCAGGGAGUCUAUAGCUGUCCUCAGUGUAGACAAACCUUCACUUCAAGACCUGCUGUGAGUAAAAACACCAUGCUGGCUGAAGUAGUAGAGACACUGAAGAAGACAGGACUCCAGGCUACACGUCCUGCUCAGUCUACAGCUGGACCUGAAGAUGUGGAGUGUGAUUUUUGUACUGAGAAUAAAUCCAAAGCCAUCAAGUCCUGCCUGGUGUGUCUGGCCUCUUUCUGUGAAACUCAUCUCCAGCCUCACUAUAAAUCUCCAGCCUUUAAGAAGCACAAGCUGGUGGAAGCCUCCAGACGACUCCAGGAGCAGAUCUGCUCUCAGCAUGACAAACUGCUGGAGGUUUACUGUCGCACUGACCAGCAGUGUAUCUGCAUGUUGUGUACCAUGGAUGAACAUAAAGGACAUGAUACAGUAUCAGCUGCAGCAGCACGAGCUGAGAAACAGAAACAGUUGUUGAAGGUGCAGGAAACAUUCCAGGAGAAAAUCAAGGAGAGAGAGCAGGAGCUUUUGGAGCUAACAAAGGCUGUGGAGUCCCACAAGCACUCUGCUCAGACAGCAGUUCAGGAAACUGAGAGGAUCUUUUCUGAUCUGAUCAAAUCUAUUAAGACAAGAUUGUCUCAGGUGACACAGCAGAUCAGAGCUCAGGAGAACGCUGCAGUGAGUCGAGCUGAAGAAAUCUUGAAAAAACUGGAGCAGGACAUUGCAGAGCUAAAAAGAAGAGCUGCUGAGAUGGAGGAGCUUUCACAUGCAGAAGAUCCCAUCCAUUUCCUCCAGUGUUUUUCGCCUGCUGUGACCCCUCCUGUAUCUGCAGUAUCACCACCCAUCAGUCCUUUAGCACUCUCAUUUGAAGAUGCAGUAAAUUCUGUGUCUGAGUUAAAAGUGAAGCUGGAAGCAUGCUCUACAGAGCAGCUUAAGAAGAUAACAAGUGAAGUGAAGAAAAACAUGAUGCUGCUAAGCAGAGAGGACUUUUUACAAUAUUCCUGUCAGCUCACACUGGAUCCCAACACAGCAAAUGAACGCCUCUUGAAUCUGUCUGAUUCAAACAGAAUGGCGAGUGACAGAAGCAAUGUAUUUUCUAAAUAUUUAAAACAUAUGUAUGGACCACAAGAGAUGCAAAAAGAUCCAGAGAGCUUUGAAUGUUUCUCCCAGGUGUUGUGUAGUGAGAGUGUGUCUGGACGCUGUUACUGGGAGGUGGAGUGGAGCGGGGAUAAAGGGGUUAAUACAGCAGUGUCAUAUAAAAACAUCAGCAGGAAAGGAAGCGGUAAUGAAUGUCAGUUUGGACAUAAUGAUAAGUCCUGGAGUUUGCUGUGCCAACCAUCUAAAUGCUCAUUCUUGCACAACAACCAAGAAACUAAAAUCCCUAUUACCUCCAGCUCCUCUAGAAUAGGAGUGUUUGUGGAUCACAAGGCAGGAACACUGUCUUUCUACAGCAUCUCUGACACGAUGAAGCUCCUCCACAGAGUUGACACCACAUUCACUCAGCCUCUUUACCCUGGAUUUGGGCUAAAUUACCAUUCAACAGUAAAAUUAUGCAACUGAAAAUAGAUGAUUUUGGAUUAGUUUAGCACUGUAUGAUUCAUGUAACAAUGAUAUCACAAGCAUGUUACCUUUAAAAAUGGCAAGAAAUUAAAAAGCUGACUUUUUGUUUAAAAUCUAUAUUCUCAAUACUAUUAAAAACUAAGUAAACACAAUCAUAAAUUAAAAUUAACUGUAUUAAAUUAGAAUGAAAUUGUAUAGUUUAGUGUUCAUACAUGUCACCUGUAAAAAAAAUUUUGUUUUUUUUGUCUUUGCCUUGUCUUUUGCCUCUUUAUCUGUAUUUUUGAUCUUCUACAGCCAACUGUUUCACUGUGUUUAAUAUCAGGUCUGGUAAACUAAUAUAACUCAGGAAGUAUUGCAUGUUGUUGUAUAAUACAUUGACAUCAUUAUUUGUUGCUGAAAUGUACUUUACUAUAACCAAUAAAGGUUAGUAUCAUUGCAGAACUGAUG